AAGAGACUAAAUUUGCUAAUUUUGUCAUGCUUGAUUUUGAUUCAGCUUGAAGGCUUGAACUGAGUGAGUCUGAGUGUCUAUAUAUUUAUCAGUAGUACUGGAGUAACUGAUGGAUCAGUGAUACAAUCAUUGAUACAAGUUAUGACUGGUGAGAAUUGCCAGCUCACUGGACCCUGACUCUAAGAAUCUGAGGAGUUAUUACGUGUGUAUCCUCCAUAUAUAAAUUAUUUUGAAGUCACUAAGGAGGCUCUCAGUUCCUGUGAUCGUCAGUUCCCAAGGUUUCAUGCUUUCCUUAAGUGUAAUGAGUCCAAACCAGAGUGUGGCCGCCAGACACUAUCAGAACUACUGAUAACACCAGUACAAAGAAUACCAAGGAUCAUAUUAUUACUACAAGAUUUAUUAAAGCGUACUGAUACUGGCCACAUUGAUUACAAGCAGUUGGAGGAAUCAGUUGAAAAACUUAAGAAUGUAAUGGAACACAUAAAUGAAGACAAGAGGAAGACAGAGAAGCAGAUGCACAUGUUUGAACUUAUACGUGACAUUGAGGAUGUCCCGCCGACGGUCCUUUCAUCUCAUCGUUGGCUUAUUUCAAGACAUGAUGUGCUGGAGUUAAAUAUUAGCAAUAAUGGAAAGACUAAUAAACCAUUGUCUAUAGCAUUGUUCCUCUUCUCUGACAGCAUUGAGAUUGCUAAGAUAAGAAGUGGUCAUGGUUUUGUUGCUAUGAAGGACUCAUACAAACCAUACAGACACUUGGAGUUUCUCACAUAUUCUAAUAUUAGAUCAGUUAUUGAUUUCACUGACAGUGAAGAUGUUGUUAAUGGUUUUGGUCUGUUAGUCCAUUGGUCUGAUGAUCCUCAGGAGAGAUUAUUAACUUUUAAAAUUAACGGAGACUCAUCAAUUAAAACAGAACUAAUUAAUAAAAUAUCUCAAAUGAUGUGUACCAGUAACUGUGCCCCAUCUCCAGAUAUGUUUGUAUGGAAGACCUCAUCAGAUAUAUUACACUCAAUGCCAAAGACUGGAGGUAGCAUUGGACCCAUUGAUACUGGAACCAUUAAAAGAGCAUUCACUGAUAGUAUUAAAGGAAUGAGAAGGAAAGUGAAGAGAACUAUAUCAAAUCGUUCCAAUAGAAGACCAUUCACACCAUUGAGUAAAAAUGUUGAUCAGUUAGACACAAUGGAUGAAUCAUUUACUGAUCUUGAUUCUACUCUGAAUACUUCUACACUAUCAGUAGCUCCUCCUUUUCCUCCUACUCCAAUGAGAGCUCCUCCCACUAAAAGACAAGCAUUAGGAUAUGGACAUUCAUUUAGUUCAAUGGAUCUCACUAAAUUAGGAUCCACUGGUACACUCUGAUACUGUGCAUGUAUCCCAUUAGAUUGUUAUAUUUUAUUUUUAUAAUUCUCUCCUCUCUCAUCAUUGUUGUGUCUUUCUCUAUUAAUUAUUAUUACUUAACUACAUUGCAUUUAACUCUCUCUCUAUAAUUGUCUCAUAGCCCAAGCUAAUUUAGUUUAAUUUUCUUGCAAUUGUUUACUUUUAUAAUCAUCAAAAAUGA